UACUGGGCGGGCCGGGGGUGUUACCAGUAGGGACCGGGGCUAUUUUCGCAGUUUGGGCUGGACGAAAAGGACGCUCCUGCCUUCCGGGUCGGCGCUGCCGGAAGGGACCGCGCGGGGUCCAGCGCGCCGCUGCGGCCGGACCAGCUGACCGCGGCCGGCCUCUCCCGCCGACCCCCGCACUGCCCACGGCGCCGAGCGGCCCCGGCUCCUGCUCGACGCUCCCCGGCGCGGCCGCCUGCGCUGGGCCCCCAGGCCGGAGUCCCGUGGCCUGGACUCGGCCCAGCACCCCCGGCGGCGGCGGAUGAGCGGCCCGGGGGCCCGCAGGGCCAGCUGCUGGCGGGAUGGACGCCCUGGAGGAGCCGUGGGCCAACGGUAGCAGCGCGCCACCCGCUGCCAACAUCAGCGCCCCCCACCGCUGCUUGCUGCUCCUCUACCAGGACAUUGGCGCCUCGCGGGUGCGCUACUGGGACCUGCUGCUGCUCAUCCCCAAUGUGCUCUUCUUCAUCUUCCUGCUCUGGAAACUUCCGUUGGCUCGGGCCAAGAUCCGCGUCACCUCCAGCCCCAUUUUCAUCACCUUCUACAUUCUGGUGUUCGUGGUGGCGCUGGUGGGCAUCGCCCGGGCCGUGGUGUCCAUGACGGUCAGCUCGUCCAAUGCGGCGACGGUCGCAGAUAAGAUCCUGUGGGAGAUUACCCGCUUCUUCCUGCUGGCCAUCGAGCUGAGCGUGGUCAUCCUGGGCCUGGCCUUUGGUCACUUGGAGAGCAAGUCAAGUAUCAAGCGGGUGCUGGCCAUCACCACGGUGCUGUCCCUGGCCUACUCUGUUACCCAGGGGACCUUGGAGAUCCUGUACCCCGACGCCCACCUCUCCGCCGAGGACUUCAACAUCUACGGCCACGGGGGCCGCCACUUCUGGCUCGUCAGCUCCUGCUUCUUCUUCCUGGUCUACUCGCUGGUGGUGGUGCUCCCCAAGACGCCGCUGAAGGAACGCAUCUCCCUGCCCUCCCGGCGCAGCUUCUACGUCUACGCGGGCAUCCUGGCGCUGCUGAACCUGCUGCAGGGGCUCGGGAGCGCGCUGCUGUGCGCCGACAUCAUCGAGGGGCUCUGCUGCGUGGACGCCACCACCUUCCUCUACUUCAGCUUCUUCGCCCCCCUCAUCUACGUGGCCUUCCUCCGGGGCUUCUUCGGCUCGGAGCCCAAGAUCCUGUUCUCCUACAAAUGCCAAGUGGACGAGGCGGAGGAGCCCGACGUGCACCUGCCGCAGCCCUACGGCGUGGCCCGGCGCGAGGGCCUGGAGGCCAGCACGGGCAGCACCCAGUUCGACGCGGCGGGCGGGGCCUGCCUGGACGACGUGGCCUCCAUGCCCUGCCACGCCGGCAGCAUCAACAGCACCGACAGCGAGCGCUGGAAGGCCAUCGACGCCUGAGGCCGCGCGGGGAGGGAGACCGAGGCACCGCCCAGAGACCUCCCCCGCCCGGACCGCCCGCCCGCCCGCGCGCCCUCCCCAGCUCAGGCCCCCGGGGCUGGCCGCGGGCACCCCCAGGACUGCUGUGGCCCCCCGCCCCGUCCCGCGGCCACCGGAGUGUGUAUAUUUUCUUGAUCUAUUUUUUAAUAAAAAGGCAACGGA